GACGAACAGACGGUCAGCCAGCCUGUCUUAUUAGCUACGAUAAAAAGCAGUCACCACUGCCGUUCCAUAAAGUUCUCUAUGUAACACUUAACGGUUUCAUUUAGCCUGAGACUUUCUUUGACACCUUCCCUAAUGUAAUAACAUCAAUGGUCGCUCGAUAAUCAAUCGUAUUUAUCCAGCUACCUACAGUUGAUUCCGUGCGCUUUUGACCUAGCUUUUGCGACCCUUCUGGGGCGUUAUAGGGCUGUCGACAAGUGCGAUUCUGUGAUAAGAAGUGAUUUUAGUGUUAUUUUAAGUGAAAAUAUACACCAAACAGUUUAAGAGUAUUUUAUGGACCCGUUCGAUCGGGAGGGUCGUCAGAAGGUUGCGGGUCAUUGAAAUCGAUGAAAAUCAGGAGAAACUGUGCUUGAUACAUCGUUCUGAACUUCGAUCAAUUCCGCGACAUCGUGAAAACGGGAGAUAAUGUCCGGAUUAUUCAGCAAAGUACGUGCAGUGUUCCGCGCGCGGCCACUUGUGGCCAAUGCAACAACUUACACAGCGAUGAUCUGUGCAGCAGAGUUCACUCAGCAGACAAUUCUUAAGCGAUAUGAACCUGAUAGGAGAUACGAUUUCACGAUUAUUGGUCGCUAUUUUGUUAUCGGGUCCUGCAUCUAUGGGCCCACUUUAUUCCACUUUUACCGAAUUUUGGAUAGGGCGCUGCCUGCCAAAACCGUAGCGGUUUCCCUAACAAAAGCAGUCGUUGACCAGGCUGUCUUAUCAUCUUCAUUAUUAGCAGUAUUCUACACAGCGAUGAGCGUUAUGGAGGGUGAGGACGAUGUCUUCGCCGAAAUGAAGGCAAAAUGGUGGCCCACCUACAAGCUAUCGUGUCUUUUCUGGGUUCCUGUACAAUGCUGCAAUUUUUUGUUUAUGCCCCCGCCUGCACGGGUAGUGACUGUUGGGGUGUGUUCUUUCGUCUGGGUGAACAUCCUCUGCCUAUGUAAACGUGGGAUGGCCAUAAAGUCAACAACUGAAAAAAGUGAGGAAAAAUCUCCAGAGAGCGCAACUUUAAUGACAGUGUAGCAAGACAAAACGUAAGAAUCGGUAUUGUCAAUGUGUUAUGUUUACACUGGCGUUGAAAACCUUUCGUCAACGAUGGGUUCAACUUAGUGGUUACCCAAGAACCGGAAUUGCAUGCCGCGGAACGAGAAGAUGCAUUUCUUACGUUCGAGGCGUUUUCCUUACAAUCCAAUAUAUAAUAGGCUUUUAGUUGGCCGAGCAAAACCGACCGAAUUCGUAUAAUCGAGAACCGGCGAUGUCCAUCAAUAAAUCAACCUUUCAAUGUCAAUACUGUAUUUGUUUCUUCAAUUUGAUUCACAUUUUUCUUUUAAUCAAAAAGUGGGGAGAUAACGAACGAAAUGCGUUUGUGUUAUCUUUUUUUUUGAAAACACGAAAAAGUGUCUCAAACUGAGGACACUCGCCAACUCAAAUACUUAUUCAAGGGCAAGGUUGAAGAACAAAUAAAAUAUUACGUUUCAUUUUAAGUUUGUCAUGCUUACAAUUAAUGGGAAGUUAUUUUAUGCAGUGCAUUCGAAAGCUGCUCUGUAUUUCUCUAGACUAGGAAAGAAUUGAUUAAGAAAAAAAUUCGCUCAUCGCAUAGGAGACCACUCGGACCAUUUGACAGAAGGCAGUGUACAAUAUGGGACGUAACUGGAAAUUCCUUGCCUAAAUUGCUAUGCCACUUGUCUCAUGAUGGACACGCCGUGCUCUAUGACACUUCGCGAAGGCAAGAUGCUUCGAGUAAUUACGCCUGAGGGCGUUCGACGCCGAACAGCUCUAACAGGUACUCAAUAUUCCUAAUCACAAAAUGGUAAUGGCCAUAAGUU